AUGCCAUGGAAAAGUAGUUUAUACAAGAACCUUUAAAAAAAGUGUAGUGAAUAACUAGGAAAUGUUUGCGCAAAAACAAAAAUAUGUAAUAUUUUAUUAAAGCGCAAAUAAAAAAGGAAGUUAAAAAUAUCGCAUUGGUAUAUGCAUAUAAAACCCCGCGUUUUUAUAUAAUAUUACAAAAAUUGUGUUCUAUGUGGGUGUUACCAAUUUUGAUUCACACAAAUACUGUUUGUCUUUGUAAACGAAGGUCAUGCACAUCUCUCACUUCCACGUUCUAGUUUCGCACAGCCAUACAGCCCUUUGAUAAUAUUUUCUCAUUGGAGCUGAAAUCUCUUGGUUUCGUUUUCGGCUACUAUCGUAACAAAGUUCAUUUAGAUUGCGAUAAAAAUAUGUAACUAGAUAAAAUCACAAUUUGAAGCAAAACUAGAGCAUAUGAUAAAAACAAUAUUUGAAACUCAACUUUGUGUUAAGAAAACUGGAAUAUUCGUGGGACGAACAACACAGAUUUUUUCAACAAAUCAAAGAAUGCAUCGUCUCAAGGAUUCGGAUGUGCUUGUGGGAGUACUAACCAAUAAUCAAAGCAUAAAUAUACAAAAUAAAGGCAUGAAUAAUAUGAAUAAUAACCCACAGGUUAUUGGAACCGUUGGGAAUUUGACAGCCAGUGCUUGUGAUGCAUUGCCCAAGGCCUUUGUGCAAUCUAUGAAAACUCUAUUCGAUAUUUUGGAUGAUCAACGUACGGGCUAUGUGAAAUUUGUUGAUAUUGAGAAAGGUUGGCAGGACGAUGGCAGCAAAGGCCUACCAAGGGGUGUUAUAGAAUCAUUGCGAAAAGUCACACCAGCCAGUGGCCUUUUAACAUUCGAUAGAUUUUGUGCUGGUCUUAAACUAUGCCUAUUGAGAAACCAAAACACCCAAAUAGCAGCUGCGCCUCCACAUGGGGACCAAUUGCAGGCGCAAACAAAAAUCACUGCAGUAACGAAUAGUGCUCCCAGUUGGAAAACAAAGUCACCUAGUAAAUCACAGCGACCCCCAUCAGCUCCGGCAUUGGAUAUAGAAAAUCCUUUGCCCACAAAUCCUUGGACAGGCAAUAGAACAUUAAGUUUACCUCAACUAAGUCCAGAUUCGGAUGGAGAUUUAACAACAUCCUCGAAUGCCAUAUGUUCGCCCUAUAAUACACCACCGCCUCCACCAAAACCACCCCGAGCAUCAGCUUUACACGCUAAUGUUGCCAUUUCAGGAGUAACAGCUGGCGGUGGUGGCAUAUUGACCGCAUCCAAUAAUGUUAUGGAUAAGGCCGAAAUUCGAAAUGCUUUGCAAAAUUGGCAAAUGGGAGUGCUGCGCAACGAAAUUGAUUCAAAAGACAAACAAAAGCCGGCAAAUUUUCUACAGCAAUGUGGGUAUCGUGGCAGUGCGGAUGGUGGCUCCUCCUCGGCCACCGACAGUGGUAACUUCACCAAUUUGCCCUUAAAAAAGACUCCCAUCAAACGAAGAGAGCCGCGUAGACAUACUUUGCAAAAUGGCAUUGACUAUAAUAUGCUGAAGCGCCUUAAACAAUUCGAAGAAGAACGAGAAGUUCUGCUCUUAGGCCUAGAUGCUGUAGAUAAAGCCCGCGAUUGGUAUAUGCAACAAUUGGUUAAUGUCCAGGAUAAAAUUAAGUAUUUGGGAAGAAUGGGUUCAUCAAAUGAACAAUGGUCCGAAGUCCAACAGGAACGUUUGAAUUUCCAACGUGCCCGAGUAUUGGAAGUUAAUCGCAGCCUUUCUGUGCUGGCUGAUACCUGGGAAAGGGGUAGUUUUCCUUUCCAUUUUAAUUUAGCUUUUAGAACUCCGCCCAAAGUUUCCUCCAAUAGAGCAGCCACCUCUCUUAGCAAUAGCAUAACGGAUCGUCUACGUCAGCAGAAUCGUCUUCUGGCCAAUGAAGGUCACCUCAAGAGUGAACGUAUUGUAAUGUUGGAAAGAGAAAAACAGACUUUACUAGCGGAAUUGUUCGAAAUGAAGCAACGAUCUGGUCUUGCACGACACACAAAUAGUUAUUUAAAUGUCUUAAGUCAAUCGUCGCCAGGGUGUAGUACAUCAUCUGGCGGUGGGUUAGGCGAUGCCGAUGUAGUUUAUUAAGUAAAAAAAAAACAA